UUUUGGUUCCAUAAUCUCGAUCUAAGCUAUGUGAUGAUUGCUUUUCUAUCAAUUCUUCGGAUAACUUGCAAAGGUAUCAGGCGCUCGAUCCACAUCUCAGGCGCCGUUUAUGCUGAUCGUUACGUGUGUAUUCAUUUGGCAUUAAGAUAAUUUUGUUCUCUUGAACGUCUAUCAAAGCUUUGAAAUUUCAGCAUGCAAUCGAUCAAUACAUAUUGGGUGUGAUCACGAAGCUCUCUCUCUCUCUCGAACCCUAAAUUUCACGAUCUAAUUCAACAAAAUGGGAUCGACGUUCUUCUCUCGAACCAUACGUCGAACGACGACCACGGCCACGGCCACGGCCUAUCAGCUUCCUGACGAUCAGAUCGCCGAAUUCAAGCAUGCUUUCAGCCUUUUGGACAAGGACGGCGACGGUUCCAUCACUACCAAAGAGCUCGGCACUGUGAUGCGCUCACUCGGUCAAAAGCCAACUGAAGAAGAGCUCGAGGUGAUGAUUAAAGAGGUCGACGUGGAUGGAAACGGUAGGAUUGAUUUCCAAGAGUUCGUUAACCUUAUGGCCCGGAAGAUGCAGGACACUCUCACAGAGGACCAGCUCAAGGAAGCGUUUCGAGUUUUCGAUAAGGACCAGAAUGGCUUCAUUUCUGCCGAUGAGCUUCGUCAUGUUAUGACGAGCCUCGGCGAGACGCUGACGGAUGAGCAGGUUAAUCAGAUGGUUCGUGAAGCUGAUAUGGACGGUGAUGGACAAAUCAACUAUAAGGAGUUUGUGAAGGUCAUGAUGGCCAAGAAAGUACAUAGCCGGAGCCUCGAGCAUUGUAGCAGUGGUUCUAGUAAGGGUCACAAGCCAAAGAAACUCCGUUGUAGAGAGCGUGUACGCCAAUGUUUCUACCUCUAGCGUAGUACGUACUAAUUGUAUUGAUGACAAGAAAUGUCAUUGUUAAUUUAUACAACAGUGUUCUGAAAUUAUUUAUGUUCAAGUUGAUAAAGAAUGGGCUCAGUUGAUCAUGAUCUUUCUCUAUGGCAUAUAUGCUACAUGAUAUAUUCU